AUGUUGAAAAAGCCUAUUAAGAGAGUUCAACCUAAAUCGGAACUAAAUCAAGCUUACGAACUAGUCGCCCAAGACUUAUACUCUGCUCUGAAAAAAGCCAAGGAUGGUGCGAUUAUUAAGUUAGGAAGUUGCGGAACCUUUCACAAAAAAAGAACCCGAGUGCAAAAUCCCUACGGAGCUGCUUAUCUUUAUUACCGCAUAAUGGUAGCUGCCGUUUGUGUUGGUCUCUAUUUUUACGGACAACAGAUUAAAAAAGAUAACGACCACUCAAUAACUCAAAUUAUGAACAACUUCAAUAAUCAACAAAAUCAAGAGCAAAACCAACUCAAUAAUCAAAGCCCUAAUCAAGAACCUUCGGGACUAAUGAAAAUGGUGGGUCAAUCCUUACCCUUUUUACCUUUAUUAUUCGAACAGUUUACGGGUCAGAAAGUUCCGCAAAUGUCCGGAACCAUGUUUGAAAUUCAAAUGGCUCUGAACCAAAUAUUAAGUAAUCAGCAAUCCCUUAAUCAGAGAUUAAUUGCCUUAGAAAACAAUGCUAGUCAGCAAUUUACUAAUUUAGUUCAGCAAGUCCAAAGCAUUAAGUCCGUUCGCUUGACUCACGACCGCGAAAGAAAGCAAAUCGAUUAUAACUUACAGCAAGCCGAUGAAGCUAACAAAUAUUAA